AAUUUGAGACAAAUAUUGUAAACAUCUGAUCGCACAGUGUGCAACAAUUUACAGCACUGAUAGCAAGCUAAUCGACAUAAGUGUUAUCGAAAAUUAUUUGCGUCGCCAAAGUUUAAUUCUCAAAAUGCAAAAGUCUGAUGGAAAUUGGCAGGAUCUUAAACCACGGGAACGCAUGGAGUAUUUGCUCAGGACCGGUCAUUUGUCUGACUGUAGCUUUGUUGUUUUUGCCGAUGAUGGAGAAAAGAUUCAUCUAAAAUGUCACAAAUUCGUACUAAUGAGCGCUUCGCCGGUUUUUGAGCGCAUGUUUGAGGGCGAUUUUGAGGAAGGGAAAACCCCGGAAAACAUUGUACUCGACGAUGUAUCCGGUACAGAUUUCCAGAAGUUUAUUCAAUAUUUGUACUGGCACGACAACAAAAAUCUCGAUACCUAUGACCUACAGACACUCCAAACUUUGAUUUACCUAAGCAAGAAAUUUAUGGUGAAUGCAAUGUGUGCUGCCUGUAUUAAUUCUAUAAAACGACGUCUUGAUCAUGGGAUGGACGCAGAUGUUACCAUUGACUUGUUCGAGUACGCGCAUCAAAUCGAAGACAAUGAACUGAUUAACGCAAUACUACAUCAAUUUAAAUUCUGCUACCAAAAAUAUGUCAAUUCACCAGCCGUUUACGAUUUAAGCUCGGAAAUCUUUCUAAAAUUUAUUACUGAAUUCAAGAGUUAUGUAGAUAACAAAAAACGUUUUGAUUUAAUAGAUCAGUACUGCAAAAUUCAUGGAUUGAGUAUAAACUCAUCGCAAACAACAACAGCAGAGAAAAAAACCGCAUCCAGCAAUGAACAGAAAGAUAUGGAUCGAUACAGAAUGAAACGAUGGGCACUAUCCACGAAUAUAAAUACCGCAAGCAGCGAACCAUCAAAUGAAACAGAAACCGUAAAGGAUGAAAAUCAAAAUAAAAUAGAUGAAAGCAAGGACUUGACUGAUAAGCCUGCGGACAACAAUGCACCUAUGCCUAACGACGAUCUUGAGCAGCAGAAAAGGAUGGAGUAUAUAACUAAGCUUCUUCAAACAAUCAAGUUCACAGACAUGACGUCAUAUGAUUUUUGCUCUGGUCCUGGUUCCUCGGAUCUUUUGUCUCUGGAAGAGAAGUACCAGUUGCUAUCAAGUAUUUGCAUUGCUGUGCGCAAAGUAAACUUGUUUGGGUACGAUAAAAAAUAAAAUAUGGUUGAUUACUGU